AUGGCUUCUGAAUCGCCAAAAGCGACAGAUCUGGCCACGAUGCCAAACCAUCCCGAUCCUACCAGCUCCACCCAGGCUCCCGCACAUGCGACGUCAUCUACAACCCCAGACGCGGUCGUCCAAGCCGAUGUGCCUACAAGUCCAGACGUGUCGUCACAACAGAUUCAAAAAUCUUCGGAACAAGAUGGCGCUGCUAACGCCUGGCCUUCACACGAGGAUGACGGCCAUGAUAGCAAUGACUGGCUAGCUUCCGAUGAUGCAGUCCCUAACCAAACACAAGAGGAAACUGCCUCCAAUGAACCCGAACUCGAUGUCGCCUCACAACCAAAGGCGCCUGUAUCUCAGCACUCAAGUUCCAUGUCAUUCGCUCGUACAGUAUCUCACGAAAUCAGCUUCGGAGACGAGGAGGAAGGUGAAUGGAACUUAAGUCGCACUGAUACGGACCCUUUUAAGUUCAUGCCGCCUACCGACCGAACAAACUCUUUCCCACCUGUACCUCCCGCCCACACAAAUUCCGAAGUAGAGGAUCAACAACCUCUUCCUUCCAAUCAGGCCUUGGACGUCUUAGAGGAAAUCGAGAAGGAAGCGGAUGCAGAGGAGGAGCUAUACCAGCGAGAGGAGACGACAGAUGGGCUAGAAGCUCCUAGGCGAGGACACUCCUCUUCUAUAUCCAUUGGUGGAGAUUUGAAGAGUCCGGAGGGCCAAGAUUCUGAUGAACGAUAUGAAGAAGGGAUGCCACUUAUCCCCCCACCCGAGGAAGAAAGGCAUAAGGUUCCUAGUGAACAACCCAACCACACUUUAAGCGACUCGUUCGACGAUAAAGCCGAGGAAGGUGAUGAUUUCGUCAGCCAAGUUCAAGGCUCCGAACAGCCAUCUGAUGAAAAACCUACCCCGGCUUUGGAACGAAAAUCGACAAUGCAGGUUUUGGAUUCCAUGAACGCAGGCGCUAUCUCGAACAAGUCUGCACUUGAGGGAACCCCUGAAGAGGAAGAGGAAGAGGAAGAUGAGGAGGAGGAGGAGGAGGACAGUAGUGAUGAAGACGAUGAUAGUGACGAAGACAGCGAGGAGGACAAAAAGGCAGCGCAGCCUGCGCCAACACCUGCUUCAUCUAACCCUGCUGCUGCUGCACCCGACUCCUCCCCAGCUAAGAAGGAAGACCUUGCAUCAAAAUGGGAACAAGCUUUCGCUGAUGACGAAGACGACGAUUUUCUGCUUGAAGAGAAUGCGGGAGAUGACAAGCAAGUUGACCCAGCUGCCUUCUUUGGAAGUGAUGAUGAAGGCUUUUUGGAGGAUGAGGAGCCAGCCCCAGCUCCGGCUCCGGCUCCGGCGCCUGCCCCUACUUCACGUCAACCUUCUGGCUCCAAUCCCUAUAUGCCGCAGGUACCAGCUCCUCACCCAGCGCCAUCUCCGUAUGCUCCCAGCAUGCAAGUUCCCGCGGCUGCUGGUUCCCAAAUCUCGGCAUACAACACUCCAGCACCUGUCGUAACACCUUUCGGUACAUCUCCUCAAUACGGUCAGCCUCUGCCAGCACGCCCUGAUAUGUCCAAGGCGCAAAGCUUCGCGGAUAAGUCAAAGGGAGGUUAUCACUCACCGUAUGACCUACCUACCGAUCUUGUCACCAACCUGGUUAAGCCUCGAAAGAGGGCGAGCAUGCAACAGCUUUCCCAAGCUAAUCAGCUUCAUGCUCCGGUCCAACCUCCGCCUAGAAGUGCGAGCGUUGGCAUGCCGGCUCCCCCAACGAGACUCACUCCUCCUUCUUCUAGCCAUGGCCUACCCAGCCACCAACAAUCUACAGCACCUCCCAAACCCACAACUCCUGGUGCCCAACACAAGGAGAACUUCUUUGAGGAGUUGCCCCUGACAUCUAGACCACGGCCUAGUUCACGGACAAGCCAGAGGGCUCUGUCUCCCGCCCGAAAUGCGCCCCCAAUGGCUCACGUUCCACAUAUCCCUUCGCCAUUAGUACCCGCGGCGCCAAAUCAUAUGGUUCCGCCACCUUUUCCCGCUACGACGGUCACCCCUGGUGAACCACACAGCGAUUCCACCGGUCAGCCGGCUCUUGUUCCCGGCGCUGGUCUGGUUGCACCUGAGAGAGUCAGUCCUUAUGCUGCCCUGACCACUUCUGCCAACCACAUGCCACCCCCUGCCUCGACAAGCACCUCUCGAUAUUCUCCUGCACCUGGUACAAGCCAUACUGCCCCACCCGCUCCUGCAAGCAGUCGUUAUUCACCGGCACCUCCCGUUCCCAAGAGCCACGGUUCUUACGGAGCCGUGGCAACUGCUGGCCCCGGGCCUGUGCUCCCACAUCAGCCCAGGACUUCAAGCCCGUUGACCCAUUCUGAGAGUGCUCACUUUGAGCCAAGGAUGAGCCGAGUUUCGUCUCUGCCACCCACACGUGAGGUAGAUGAGGAGGAUGAGCAACAGACUCCCACUAGAUCUGCGAGCGCUACUCAUGCCAUACCUCAUUAUGAUUCGAGAUAUAACCCUGCAUCUCCUCCAAAAUCUACGCAGACACCACCCCCUCCAAGCUAUGCUGGCCAACUUACCCUCUCGCCUCCCAAGCAAUCGGGUCCGUAUGUGCCCCAUGCCCCGCCAACAGCGCAGGCUGGCUUUGUACCACCUCCUCGCGCUCAGACGCAAUCGCCAAGCGCAUCCUUCGGCCAUAAGCAGGCUCAGAGGUCCUCAGAUUCAGCACGCCGACCCUCAUCUGCCCACUCACACUCCUAUCCUUCUCCAGUAGGCGGAAAGCCAGCCCCUUCACCUUAUGCUCCGGUGGCUCCCACUGCUCCAAUGGCCCCAGCCCCUGGUGUUUCAACUGUCCGUACUCGCGGCCAGUCUAUCACAAUGAACAUGGUUGCGCCCACUGACGGACGGGAGAAUGAUGAGCUCCAGCGAUGGAAAGGAGUGCCUAUUAUCUCAUGGGGCGUCGGCGGUACUGUCGUCACCUCUUUCCCCAAGAGUGUUCCUCGGUAUGGCAUGAACCAGGCUGUUCCGAUGAUUGUACGAACACCAGGAGAAGUCAAGGUCCAGAGUGUCAAGGACAUUGAGCCGUUGCACGAGCAUGUGGCCAAAUUCCCAGGUCCUCUCAGGGGCAAGUCAAAGAAGAAAGAGACCAUCGGAUGGCUCAGUGCUGGAAUUGAGCUACUCGAAAAAGACCUUCCGGAUGUCUCUUUUCACUCCCAACUCUCUCUCGAGGCGAAGAGAGCUGUCGAGCGACUACUCCUAUGGAAGAUCAUGCUUAUCUUCAUUGAGAAUGAUGGAAUACUGGAAGGUAACCCUGCCGUGGAGGCAGCUGUCCGAGAUGUUCUUUCGCCUGCUGAAAAUACAUCGUCCGCAAGUGACGAUGCGCUUUUCCCUGCCGCUGCUAGUUUUGAUACAGGAGUACCCUCCGUUACCUCAAUGCAAGCCGAUGGUGUCGAUGUCUCAUCCAUGGAUCAGAUUCGUCACCAUCUCCUGAGGGGCGAUCGAGACAAGGCUGUUUGGGCUCUUGUUGAUAAACGACUUUGGGGUCAUGCCAUGCUGAUCUCACAUACCGUGGAAGGCGAUCUUUACAAACGCGUGGCACAGGAAUUUGUUCGUAAAGAAGUAAACUACCCUGGCCACGCCAACGAGUCCAUGGCUGCACUGUACAAGAUUCUUUCUGGCAACCUUGAAGAUUGCGUGGAUGAAUUAGUUCCUGUUCAUGCUCGGGCUGGUCUUCAACUGGUGUCCACUGGUGGGGGCUCAGGACCUACCAAGGAUACCCUCGACGGAUUGGACAAGUGGAGAGAGACUCUUUCUCUUGUCCUGAGCAACCGAAGCACGGAUGAUAUCCAAGGAUUGAAUGCCCUCGGAAACCUUCUCUCUAGCUAUGGGCGAGCUGAGGCAGCUCACAUUUGCUUCAUCUUUGGCCGCCAUGCGUCUAUUUUCGGUGGUCUUGACGACCCCAACGCUAACUUUGUGCUCAUUGGAGCUGAUCAUAGGCAACAAUCUGACCAGUUUGCCAAGGAAACAGAGGCACUCCAGCUCAGCGAGAUCUAUGAGUAUGGCCUGUCUCUUGCAGGAGGAGCUCUUGCAGCCGCAGGCACACCCCAUCUUGCUGCCUACAAGCUUGAACAUGCAAUGACUCUUGCUGAGUAUGGCCACCGGGACAAGGCAAUGCAAUACUGCGACGCCAUCUUGACAGCAAUGUCCUCCCAAACUAAGCGAUCGCCAUAUCAUCAUCAUGUUCUCGAGACUGCUGUUGAAGACUUCAUGUUGAGACUGAAACAAGCGCCGAAGGAGGAGAGUGGCUCAUGGAUUUCCAAGCCAAGCAUGAAUAAGGUCUCAGAUAGCAUGUGGAACCGAUUCAAUAAGUUCGUCGCAGGUGAUGAUAACGAGGAGAACAAUGGAGGUACUGGGGAGGCAGGCCCGUUUAACCGCCCGUCUGGAGAGUUUAGUCGUUCACCGUCGGUUUCUAACUUUGACAUCUAUGGUCAGCAGUCACCUAGCUUCGGCAUGACACCUGCCCAACCAUCGGCAAGCAUUGCAGCAUCCAAAUACGCGCCGAAUGUUUCGACGCCCCCUGCUUCCGCGAACCUUUACUCUCCUACAUCUCAGUACACACCUGGACGAAGUUCUACUGAAUAUGCCCCUAACUCAUAUGAGCCUUCCUACCCUGGUGCUGCCUCGACUGACCGAGGUGAAGGCUACACCCCUUCCGUUCCUCCGUCUGAGCCGACCAGUGCUGGCCUUAGUGGACCGGCAGGCCUUGCACCAGCUGCUCAAAUUACGCAGGGUUACUCUCCUGCUGGAUACCAGCCCUAUGGAAUGCCAGCAUCUACCCCGAUGGGCAACGAUGAGACGCCUGCCGAUAGUUCGUCGCAGGGGUUCCAGCCUCUCAGUUACGGAUACGAGCCGCCUCAAGUGUCCUCAAACCCACCUGAGCAGGCAGGUGAGCACAAUACUGGAGAGAGCGGUAAUGGCGGCUACGAGCCGCCUUCAUUCCAGCCUUACGGUUAUGAGCCUCCAUCAUAUGAGCCUCAGUCCACUGCUGAGGGCGACGAUGAGCAGCCCAAACCUAAGAAGAAGAGUUUCAUGGAUGACGACGAUGAUGACUUCCCUUCCAUGAAACCUGCCGAGAAGUCCAAGGCGGAUAAGGACCGGGAGAAUGAUGAGAUGUUCCGCAAGGCUGCGGAGGAGGAUGCCAAGCGUGCAGCUGCCCAGCAGUCGCCCAAGAAGGGCUGGGGCUUCGGUGGCUGGUUUGGAGGAAGCAAGAAAGCACCCCUUGAGCAGACCUCCUCUGGCGAUUCUUCUCCUGGCAAGCCCAUCCGGGCGAAGCUGGGUGAGGCCAGCAGCUUUGUAUACGACCCUGAACUAAAGCGAUGGGUCAAUAAGAAGCCAGGCGCCGAAAACACACCAGCCAAGACUGCUACACCUCCCCCCCCCAGGGCUGGCCCUCGAUCUGUCUCUGGAACCCCCCCGCCUCCCACCGCCACUCCCCCCCCACCGUUGGUAACGAGCAAUAGUGCGCCGCCACCCCUCAUCCCCCCCAAAGUUCGAGCUGGAACACCAGAACUGUCCAAGCAGGUAUCGACGGAAAGCCUGGGCCUCGCACCCCCUGCUAUGGUUCGAUCCGUUUCCAACACUAGCAAUGCCAGCGCACCACCCAGUCGGCCGACGACAAGCAUGAGCAAUGCCAGCAGCAUCGACGAUUUACUCAGCGUGGCGCCUCGCAAAGCUAGUGACAAGAAGAAGCCACGAAAGGGUGGUCGAUAUGUCGAUGUUAUGGCCAAGUAA